GUGGGUGUGUUUACACACGGAGUCGCCUUUUAUUUCUCGUGGCUUUGUGCUAAAUGCUCCGUGGCAAACGUUCUGUCUUGAAAUGACGGUACAACGACGAGGCAAUCCGAAAGCUCCGGAUACAAACGGAAUAGAGAAGAAAAUCAAAAGGGGCAAUGCCCUGCGGCACGGAUCGGGGUGGAGAGGGUCCCGCGGGCCCCUGCUCCUGCUGUUGGGGUGUCUGGGAGUAUGUGGGACGGCUACCUGGCUAUUUGUAACCUCAGGGAACAGUGAGAUCACAGAGACACUCGUCAGACAACGUGAGCUGGUCGCUCCUGACCCCAGAGUCUACACCGUCCAGUGCUCUGACGACUACGACAACUUAAAACGGUACCCUGGAUGCACCCCUCAGAAGUGCGGCCGUGCUGUGACAGACGCCGCGGUGUCCAUGGAGGAAGCUGCAGUUCUCAGGAGGUUGGCAGAAAGAGGGCUAUCACUGGCUGGUUCAGAAGGCGGGGCCUCCAUCCUGGACCUGCACUCUGGUGCGCUAUCGAUGGGAAGACAGUUUGUCAACAUCUACAGGUAUUUCGGGGAUCAGAUCAAGGAGGUGUUCACUAAAGAGGAUUUCCAGCUCUACAGGGAUGUGCGGGGCCGCAUCCAGGCAGUGAUUGCCAAGACGUUUGGCUUGGACCCAUCUCUGAUGUACCUUACAAAGCCCACAUUCUUCUCCAGAAUCAACAGCACUGUGGCCAAGACUCAGCAUGACGAGUACUGGCAUCCCCACAUAGAUAAGGUGACUUAUGGCUCCUUUGACUACACUUCUCUCUUAUACCUGUCUGACUAUGGCUCCGACUUCACCGGUGGGAGAUUCAUUUUUAUGGACGCUGAUGGUAAUCGGACGGUGGAACCACGUGCAGGACGAGUCUCCUUCUUCUCUUCCGGCUCGGAGAACCUCCACCGCGUGGAGCAGGUGACGUGGGGCACGCGGUACGCCAUCACCGUGUCGUUCACCUGUGACCCCGCGCACGCCAUCUCCGACCCCGCCCUGCCUUGAGCCGCGCCGGGGGGCGAUGCCAACCGCCUGCUAGCCUGGAGAAGCCCUGUACAAAACGGAGAGGCACACGAGGGGGAAAGGUCAAGGAUGCAGAGGAGAGAGGAGAGAAAAUGAACGGAUGAAUGGAAAUGGGGGCGGAGAAGAAGAGUGAGACAGCAAUAGCAGAGAGGAGGAGGAGGAUUGGUGAGAGACACCAAGAGACAAGUAUUUGUGAGCAAAAACUGAACGGGGGAGUUUUAGUUGUCCGAGGUCUUUGUAUGCGUUUCAGGGUCUUUUGAUUGUGAGUGAAAUUGUGUUCCUUGUUUUAUUAUGUUUUGUGUUCAUUAUUGGUGGCUGAAUAGGUGUGUACUGUUCUUCAUCUGCCUUAUUUCUUCAUUCCAGAGCUGCCUCGCUUAUUGAUUUUGUUGAUCGAGCUAUACAGAAAUAUGUCAUGUAUGGAUAAACUCAUGGCCUCUCUUUCAGACGACGCCCUAUUCUGAAAUGCCACUCGUAUUUUCUCCAGUUGUGUUAAUCAGUCACUUUUGUAUCGUGUGAUUAUAAGCACAAAUAUUUGCGGGUCUGUUUUCCUCUCUCGCUCUCUUUUCGGACUGGCUAAACGGAAACUGACUCAAACUGACUCCUAUUUUUUUUUAAAUUUUAUUUUAUUUUUAAGUAGAGCUUUCUGGUACCUCUUGAAGAUGAGAGAUCAGUCUUGUGAAUCACCUUGGAAGUAACGGUUUCAUCCCAAAAUCGCCCAAACAGGCACCCAGCACUUCAGAGGCAUUUUCUUCUGAGAAGAAUCCUCUCGGUACCCAGGAGCGACUGCUAUUUGCCUUCAUCUGUCUGCAUGUUACGAUUUACUUCAGUAAGGACUGUGGGGGAGGGGGGGAUUUGAAAUAAAAUACAGAGAAAUGCACAA